GGAAGUGCGCGCAGUGCUUCUAAGUGACUCCGGCACCCCCUGAACAGCAGAACCGAGAGAAAACAACAUAUUAUGAAGACGACGCGUUGGUGUGAAAAGCCAAAGCAAAACAAACCUACAGCGAAGCUGCAUUCGUUUUCCCGCGACUCUGAUUCCCAUUCUUUGUGCAUGAACAGCUAAUGGCGGAGGCUUACGCGGAGUUUCUAUCGUUUGAUUGGGGAGAUGAGCGCUGGCGAGCAUAUUUGAAUGGUCUUUAUCCACCGCCCAAUCAGGAACAAAUUGCAAAGUUCAAAAAGAAGUGGUACAAGAAGAACAUCGACGUGAGUUUUGAUGAAAGCUACGAGCCUGCUCAAUCUUGGGAGUCGUGUACAGCCCAGCCGCCCCAAGAAUAUGGACCCUUACCAAAGGGUAUCUACCAUGAUGGCUCCAGGUGGAGCGCUAUAGGCCAGAAGGCUACCAUUUGCUUUGCUGCUUAUUGCGUAGCUUUGGUGAUGGCUGUGGGCAGCUGGGCAGGCGUAUUUCCGCCAUACCAGGUCACUGUCAUUAUGGUGGUUGCGUUCAUCCUCGAAAUAGUUGCGAAGUUUGGCGUGAAAUUUUCAAAAAAGUAUAUGCACAACGUGCUGGUGGAUGAUGUCGGAACGAUGCCAAUCAUGGCGGCCACGUUGAUGAUGCCGGGGCUCCAUACAAAGGUGCGGCUGUUGGCUGUAUUGCCGAUGUUUCUCACUGCUCUCCUUAGUUUCGGGCAAAUUUGCAAGUUCCACAAGCAGUUGCCUGAUUUUGUCAGAGAUUUUUGGUCCCCGCUGGCGACGGCCAAAGCGCGCAAGCAGGUGAUGCGAGCGCGAGCCGAUGUAGAGGUUGCGUUGGGCCUCAUAAUGGUGGUGGGAGCUUUGUUUAUGCUGUGCGCGCCCAUCACUGUAAUUCUAUUUUGGAAUUUUAUGAUGAUGAGGUAUAUGAUGAGCUCAUGGACGCAGGACUCUUUUCAGAGGAUCGACCACUGCUUGAGCCCGGUGCUGAUGAGAGUGCCAGGCGUGAAGCAAGGUUACCAGGCCGACAGGGGAAUGCCUUUUCGAAUGUUUGUCAUUUCGGCUCGCACAGGCGGUCAAGGCCUGGCUCUACAGCUAUGUCGACCCAGAGUCGAAGAGCGCUGGCAAGCUGUGCUCUAUUCUCUGAAUUUGGUCAGCUUCACUUCGGAGCCGCAGUCAAGCUGUGGCUGCAUUUGAUCGCAUGGGCGAAAAUGCCUUUGCUCUUGCUGAAUUUGACUUGAGAAUGAUCUAGCUGUCGUGUGCACAGCUCCACUUCUUUGCAAAGCCAAAGGCAAGCUUUGCACGCUUUCAAGAAAUGGUCGAAAAGGCCCCUGUGGAUUUCAGGUGCAGAUACUUUUCAUCCAAACGGAAGUCAAAGUGGUGCAACAAGUAUCAACAAGUCCUAGGUCUGCCUCAUGUUGCCCAGGUGUGGAGGCCAGCAAGUGUGUUCGUUCCCUUCCUUGUUGGCUGUUGGCCGGCAUGUUCACACGUUUCUUGUUCGUGUGGUUGCCUAAAGGGCGCCCAUGCACCGUCC